AUCAAUGAGCCUCAUCCAUCAAUGACAGCCUCAGUCCAGCCUAACUUUAUGGACCCUGCUGGUACUUAAGUCUCUGGAGGGUGCAGGUGCACCCACCCCUUCCUCAGCACAGGCUGCUGCUCCGAUCAGGGUAAAGGCCAGGGGUGUGACCAGAAGUGAAGAGAAAAUGCCUGGGAACUGAGUGAUGGGAAGACCAGUGAGGAGAGGGAUGGUUCUGCAACCUCCCACCCCAGGCCCAGCAACAUGACAGUUUCAUACACCCUCAAAGUGGCUGAGGCCCGCUUCGGAGGCUUCUCUCGCCUGCUGCUUCGGUGGAGGGGAAGCAUCUACAAGCUCCUGUACAAGGAGUUUCUGCUCUUUGUCGCCCUCUACGCCGCGCUCAGCAUCACCUACCGGCUGCUGCUGAGCCAGGCGCAGAGGCACGUGUACGCUCAGGUGGCCCGGUACUGCAACCGUUCUGCAGACCUCAUCCCUCUGUCCUUCGUACUGGGUUUCUACGUGACUCUGGUGGUGAACCGCUGGUGGUCCCAGUACACGAGCAUCCCCCUGCCGGACCAGCUGAUGUGCGUCAUCUCGGCCAGCGUGCACGGCACGGAUCAGCGCGGCCGCCUGCUUCGCCGCACCCUCAUGCGCUAUGCCAACCUGGCGUCCGUGCUGGUGCUGCGCUCGGUGAGCACGCGCGUGCUCAAACGCUUCCCUAGCCUGGGCCACGUGGCGGACGCAGGUUUCAUGUCCCAGGAAGAGAAGAAAAAGUUUGAGAGUCUGAAGUCAGACUUCAACAAAUACUGGGUCCCCUGCGUCUGGUUCACGAACCUGGCUGCCCAGGCCCGCAGGGAUGGGCGCAUCCGGGACGACAUCGCGCUCUGUCUCCUCCUGGAAGAGCUGAACAAGUACCGUGCCAAGUGCAGUAUGUUGUUCCACUAUGACUGGAUCAGCAUCCCGCUCGUCUACACCCAAGUGGUGACCAUUGCAGUGUACUCCUUCUUCGCUCUCUCCUUGGUUGGCCGCCAGUUUGUGGAGUCAGACACAGAGGCCAACAAGCCUCAGGAGCCUCUGGAGCCACACCAGGAGCCAGCACCGGCCCUGGGAGACCCAGACAUGUACGUGCCUCUCACCACGCUACUGCAGUUCUUCUUUUAUGCUGGCUGGCUCAAGGUGGCUGAACAGAUCAUCAACCCCUUUGGUGAAGAUGACGAUGACUUUGAGACCAAUCAGCUCAUAGACCGAAACCUGCAGGUGUCCCUGCUGGCUGUGGAUGACAUGUACCAGAACCUGCCCCCUGCGGAGAAGGACCCGUACUGGGAUGAGGCCCAGCCGCUGCCACCCUACACCUUAGCCACAGCAGCUGACUCGCUGAGACCUUCCUUCCUGGGCUCCACUUUCAACCUGCGCAUGAGCGAUGACCAGGAGCAGACCUGGCAGGUGGAGGCGUCUCCGACACCGGCGCGGCCGCCCGCACAAACUCCACUGCUCAGCCGCUUUCUGGGCGCAGGUGCGCCCUCCCCGGCCAUCAGCCUGCGCAACCUCGGCCGCGGCGUGCGCGGAACUCCGCGCACCCCGUACCCGGUGCGUUUCCGGGUUGAGGAGGGCGGUGACGCAGAGUCCUCGGGGCGUAUAGAGGAGGAGGCUGCAGAGUCCGCGGAGGAGGGCCUGGAACCCUGAUGCUGCCCAUCACACCUGCUGGCCUCCCUGUAGCCCUAGGCCUUGCCUGCCAGCUGACAGAUUUUUCCAGGUGCCUUGAGAGCUUUAGGGAGGGCCUUAAAGGCCAAGACACAGGGCAAGGGUUGAGGAUGUGGCUCCUAUGAAGGCCCUGGAGUUAGUACACUGUACCACAAAAAUAAAAUUAAAAACGUUU